UGACAUUAGUUACAGUCGACCAACAACUAAAGAAGACAUCAGCCUUCCUAUGAAAAAGUGAUCAGUUGUACACAGAGUCUGGACACCGCUCACACGGGACGCACUGCUGUCUGUAGCUGUCUGUCCAUGACAGUAACCAGGAAGAAACCUUUCGAUUCGCAUUCUGCUUUACUCGGCCAAUCAGCAGCUAGCAUUGACUGUUAGCCCUUAGCGUUAGCACAUCACGGACUAACCGUUAACUCAUUGGAGUGAGGAGCAGUGGGACAACAACAACAACAACACCAAGGCCUGAACUCAUCAUGCUUGAGCACCUUCACAUGGUAAGGGGAUGGCCUGAUUCUUGCAGUCUGGAGUAUGAUGACGUAGUGAAGUCGGGGUGAAGUUAUCCGUAACUAUUUUGCGUUCAAUAGUACUAUGCAUGCUGUCACACUCCAUUUGUGUGUGCCCUGCAACAAGGUAUUUCUGUGUUUGACUUUGAUCUCCUUGAGUUUCUGGAUGGUCCUGGUCACACCUUCAAAGGAUGGGGUAUAGUCUGGAUCGCUUAUGACAUCAUCAUCAUCAGAUAUAUCCUCUUCAUGGUGUGGAUGUGCCUGCUUGGCAUCUUCAACAACAUCAAUGGGAGUGUUUAAGUCGUCAGGGGCGGCUCCUGUAGUGCAGUGGAGGGGCAGGAGGGAAAGCCAGUAGGCAGAGAGAGGAGCGAGACGCAGAAUGCUUCUGUUCUUCAGGAAGAGGAAGCCCAGCGAUGACUCCCAAAAGAGACUGGAAUAUCAGCUGUGCCGGUCUAAGGAGGCGGGUGCCGAUGACAUCCUGGAUAUCUCAGCUUGUGAGCUCUCAGAUGUUCCCUCAAGUGCCUUUUCCAUGUGCAAGGUUCUACAGAAGAAGGUCUUUAUCCUCCACAACAAUGAGCUGAAGACAAUGCUGCCCAAAGGAUGUGACAUCCGUUCCCUGGCCACUUUAAAGGUUUUGGAUCUGCAUGAAAAUAAGAUCAUAUCGCUGCCAGAAGACAUUGGGAAGCUGGUUUCACUGCAGAUUCUGAAUGUGGAGAAGAAUCGUUUAAAGGUAUUGCCAGAUUCCAUCGGGGACCUGAAGCUUCUGCAGACACUCAAUUUGAAGGGUAACUUUCUCAGUGAGCUGCCGUCAUCAGUUGGCUCUUUGAGCAGCCUGCGCUCCCUGGACCUGAGUGAUAACAACUGUGUCCAGCUCCCCAAACCUCUGGCCUACAUCCGCACGCUAGAGAGCUUUACACUUGAUGCUGCCAUGAUGACCUACCCACCUGCAUCUGUGUGCUCAGAAGGCACAGAGAGCAUUCAACGCUUCCUAUGCACAGAGCUGGGAGAGGAGUACUGCCCACCAUCCCAGUACCUCCUGCCAGUGCUGGAGAAUGACUGUGACAAACAGAACUGUGACGAGUGGGAUGGUUUGGAGGAGGCCUGGAAGAACAAAUUCAGUGACUACGAGAAGAGAAAGGAUCAGAAGCAGCAGGAGAAACUGGCCUUUGAGCGGCACCUCGUAGAGAGGCAAAAGGAACAUACCCAGCUUGUGCUCAUGAACACCUCCCGCAAGGAAAACGUACUCAACUCAGUUCGACAGGAGCAGGAGCGUUUGGAGCAUGGAGUCAGCCAACAGCAGAGGGCUCAGGAGGCCGAGAGGCUGCUGGUGCUGGAAAAAGUGAGACAAGCUGAAGACGGCAUCAGCAGCCGUAUCAGCAACAUGCUGAUGGACAACCAGCGGCAGAAAAAGAGCACAGAGUUUCUUCAAGCCAUGGAGGAAGAUCGGAUCCGUAUGGAGCAUCUGACUUCCAUCACACAGGAAGAGGCCACUUCACUGAGGAAGAGGGAGGUGGCAGCGGCCAUGCAAAAGAUGCUGUCAUACACCUGUGCUAUGAACCUCCUUCAGGAAGCCAGUGACUGCCGCAGACAGAGCCUGGUCUCUGAGGCCAAUAGAAGGUCAAACCCCCAAAACACACCAGAUAUCAGAUCUGAGCAGAUUAUGGAGAAUUUGGACAAGAGGUUCGAUAAGAUGCUGUCCCUCCAAGCUUUGGACAAGUCUAAAGCCAUUGCCCACAUCUUGCAAGAGGAGGAGAUGCAGAAAGUUGCGUUCCAGGCAUUGCAGUUGGAGAAAGAUGCUGUACACGGCUACAUCCGCAACGAGAUCAAGCUCAUAGAGGGUGAAUUAAUGCAACUGACUAAACUGGAAAUUAAAAAACGCAAUCUGGAUGCUGAGAACCUGCAGGAGGUUCUGGUGGAGCAGCGCACAGCUCUCACUGAUUUGUUGCAGCAGCUGCUGAAGCAGAGGGAGCAGAGAGAGCAGGAGCUGCGGCAGAUUCUGGUGGAGCUGGAGCAGAAGUGUGAGUCGAACCAGCAGAACUACUGGAUGAUCCAGUAUCAGAGGCUGCUGGAUGCCAAGCCCAUGUCACUGCGAAUGCAGGAAGCGGGCGUUGAGAAAGAGCUGGUGAACCUGUUGUGUAAACUGGCGGCUCAACAUUACCUGCCCAUCCUGGCUCAUCAUCGAGUGACAACUGAGGCCCUUCGCCACAUGAGCUCCUCUGACCUCAAGAAGCUUGGCAUUAAUGAGUUAGGAAUCCAGAAAGCUCUUCUGAACUGGGCCAAGGAACACCAACCAGAAGCAGGCGCAUGUAAGGUGGUCCCUCAGGAUGAGGCAGCAGAAGUCAUCCCCACAGCUCCAUCUCCUCCCUCCCCUCUUGCUUUUCCCAGUACAUCGGCUGCCCAGAUCCCCAGCCCACCACUCACCCCAGGAACCCCUGUCACUCCGGGAGGACCCAGCCCCGUGGAGGGACCGGGGAGCUCUGAGUGUGUGGUCUGCAUGGAGAAAGAGUCUCAGGUCAUCUUCCUGCCCUGUGGUCAUGUUUGCUGUUGUCAGGUGUGCAGCAACGCUCUGCAGAACUGCCCUUUGUGUCGCAGCAACAUAUCGCAGCAUGUACGACUCUACCACAGCUAGAACCAGCUGCGCUGCUGCCCUUCACCGACGGCAACACCCUUUAUUUAUGCAUGGUCAUGAAGCUGCUGUGAGCAAACCUCUUCCUAUAUAGAAAAACUAUUAGCUGGAUUGUGAAGAGCCAAGCAAAACGUUCCUGUUUUAAUCCAAAACCUCUUUUUCAUGUUUAUUAAGAAACGAGUUUGAAUAGAAUUUUUUAAUGGUGUUAUUUUACUGGUAAUCCAAGCCUGUUUUAUUUUUUUGUUUCUUUUGUUUGUAGAAUUUUUAUCUCAACUGAUAUGUGCCUUUUUCUAAAAUGUUAUUAUUUUCAAACAAUACUACUUGUUUCUUCAACCAAAGUAACAUGUGUUGACUAAGGCAACUUAGACAGAAUCUACUGAUAGUUCGUCCAGGUCCCUCUGUACUUAUCUUUACUUAUCUUGUGUUAUUUGGUGGGAUAUCGUGGUGGGAUAUCGUGAUGAAAAUUCAUUUUCAAAAGAAGCUUCUCCUCUUUUUGAUCUAUUCUUGACAUCCACCACACUAUGGAUUGAUCAAAGCACUCAAAACUAUCUGCUUGGGUCCUAUUAACACCCUUACUCACCCUUAUCUAAUUACUAAUACAAUGUUUUACCGUAUGACUGUGUGGUAAUCAGAAACAAAGACAUGUAUAAAUAUCCAAUAUGUACGUACAUUGUCAGCUUAUUAAAAAGUAGCAUACAAUAACAACUGACUAUAAUAAUAACAAUGAGUGAGUUAGUAUGAAGAGGAAGCUGAGUUUGCAUUUUAAUUGUUGGAAAAAGGGAUGAAGAAUGAAGAACUUAGAAGUAAUUUUAAGAUCACAGAAAAUGGCUAAAAUAAACAUAUAUAUAUCUUAUAUUUAAGUAUACAUAUAUAAUGUAUAUCUAUAUAUGUGUGAAUUUACUGUAUAUACUGCCUAAGUUGGAAGUAAAAAUAAAAUUCCGUAAAACAGUAAGAAAAGAAAUUCUACCAGAACCCCCCCAAUUGACAUUAACUGCUUAAUGUCUCCUGACAUUCAGAAACAGUAUGUCCAUGUGUGAUGUACUGUAUGUAGUUUGGAAACGUGGGUGUACACAGCACAGACAUCAGAAAUACUGUUUUGUGGUACCAGCCUCUCUCCCUGAAACUUCAGCGAGAUUUUACAGUUUGAGCCUUUUAUUCUCAAAGUACGGCCCAAAUCUUCGACCUCCACACAUGCUCCUGCGAUUAAAUAUGGGAUUUUAUUUGGAAUAUUCAGCACUUUCGAGUGUCCUGUAAAUGAAUGAUGUGUGAAGAGGUCUCUAUAUGAGCUCAUGCCUAUUAUUAUUUGAUAUAUAUAUAUUUAUUAUACUACAGGAUGUCCAUCUGAGCGGUUACAGUCUGGGGGGGGGGGAUACUUCUAGCCCUACUGACUACUGAGGUUAUUUUAAAGAUGAAACCACUAAAUGGUUUGUGUUUAAGUUGGUGCUCACGUUUGUUUGUCUGUCAGAAUGGUCAGAACCCUCUGUGUAUCUGCAGUUCUGGAGAAAGGUAAACUAUUUUCCAGACUACUAAAAGCUAAUGGAUGCUCUUAAAGUCUAAAGUGUACUGAAGCUUCGUCUCUCCAUUCAAUGGGAACAGUGGCAUCUCUUCACUGCUCUGACCACGGCCGUGUGACAGGGAUAAGUCAUUGCAGUGAGUUUAGCAGUUGUCAGUCUACCAAAUGCAGAAGUGGACUGUGUAAGAUUAGACAGUGUAAAUAUAUAUGAUGUGACAUUCUACAAUAUGAAAUGGUCUACUAAUGACCCAAUAAAACCUAAGACGGUCUCAAUAUGUGUAUUCUGGUGGAUCACCAACAACCUCAGCAAUAAAAGAGGUUUGACACCA